AUGUUGGCAUGCCAGCUGCCGGGCUCAAAAGCACGGGGCGCCAUGGCCGUCCGCAGCCUCCAGCUGGGAGCGCUUGCCCUCAUCGUGGGCUGUGCUCUGGUGGAUGCGAAGGUAACGAGUGACGAGGGCAAGUUCUGCAGUGCCAAGUCAUGCGAUGCAGAAGGGCACUGUGAGGAGCGGGGCUGCUCCAUGCUCGAUGGUGGAGCGGAGGCUUCGAAGCCGGCGGCGAAGGGCAUGAUCAUGUCAUGCCAGGGCUGA